UUUGAUUGUUUAAGAAUUAUUAGGUGUGUUUUCAUCCCUUAUCCACUGUAUGUAAAAGACAUUCACUUUAGAAGAGACUGAAUAGCAAAUUAUGCUAUAAACAUUUAUUAUAUGUUCUCAUAAAGAUUCAAUUUCUUUUUAAUGGCUUCUCAACACUGUUCGAUUCGUUUAAUUCGUCAAGAUACAUCUAUUCCAUGGGGUUUUCGAUUAGAAGGUGGUACCGACUUCGGUCAUUCUAUAACUAUACAACAUGUGAAUCCUGGAAGUAUAGCUGAUUACAGUGGACUUCGAGCUGGUGACCAUGUGAUACGAAUUAAUAAAUCUGAAACUAAAUGGAUGCGACAUGAUGAUGCAAAAAUGGAGAUCAUACGAUCAAGUAAUGAUUUAGAAUUGUUUGUUCAACGUAAUGAAAUAGUAAAUUUAUAUACACACCAAAAUAAUUUUUCCCCAUCACCAAAACAUUCGUUAAGUAGAUCACCGAAACCAGUUUCUCCACAACCAGUUAGUCGACAAACUAUUUGGCAACCUAAAAUUGUUUCAUCUGUUCAAAUGUCACCAAAUAGCAAUCAUAAUAAUCACCAAGCAUAUGGGACUCAUGUUAAUUUAGAGGCUACAUCGAAAAAUGAAGAUUCAUCAUCUAUCGGAGUUAAACACAAUAUCUCACCACUUCCAUUUGGUCAAUCACCACCGGCACCUGGAGAAAACGUACUAACAAAAGUUGGUGAGGGACGCUAUAGAAAAAUCAGUCACUCAUCAUAUAAUUCACCUAUGGGUUUAUAUAAUCAAAAAAAUAGAAAUCAAACAUUUGAAAGAACAUUGUCUAAUGCUACAGGUAAUCAACUUGAUGGUACAGCACCUCAAGUAUCACCAACAACACCACCAUCAAUGUAUUGUGGAUCAUGUGGAGGUUUUAUACGCGGUGUUUUUGUUAAAGUACAAGGUCGUAUCCCAAUGCAUCCUGAAUGCCUUAAAUGUUGUAAAUGUGGAAUAGGUUUACGCAAUAUUGGAUAUUUCUACAUUAAAGAACAAUUGUAUUGUGAAACUCAUGCUAAACAAGCUGCACCACCUCCUGAACCUGGCAUGAAAGCUGUUGUUGUUUAUAAAUAACAGGUGAACUUUGAAAUAAUAAUAAUUUAAUAUCUAAUUACACAUGAAGCUAUCAAAAUGAUUUAGUGAAUUUCACCAUUCUUUUUGUUGUUGUUGUUUUUGUUGAAACAAAACAAACUAUUAUUAUUAUUAUUUCCCGUCAACAAAAAUGUUUAGUUUACAAAAUCUAUUGUCAAAAUCAUUAGGAUUAGUUCAAAAUUGGAUAUUUUAUUUUUAAAAAAAAGAAUAAAUAAAACCCAUCUUAACUCUCAUUAUCAGUUGGGCAUGUAUAUUGAUUUAUCACAUAUAUAACAUUAAAUGAUUUGAUAGACAAACUUCUAUAAAAACUGUCCAACUCCUUUUAAAAUUGAUAAGAUUGAAUGAUUGAGAAACUAUUUAACUGAAAGAUAAUUGUAGUUGUGAGUGUAUGAUCAUUAUUAUAGUUUACAAAUAAAUACCUACAAUCUAUAUACCUUUCUAUUUAAUUUGAGAAGAAAAACAAGCAAACAAACAAAAGAGGUGAGAUUCUUCGACAUUAAACCUUGACUAAGAUUAACAUAUACAUUUCAUGUACCGUAGAAUUUACAAAUUAAUUUCCUUUUCUUUUUCUUUUUAGUUUCAGCUGUCUUUCUGAUUAUCCGUCAAUUUUGUUUUCUCUUUUUUUUCAAGCAAAUUCAUACAACCCUUUUAUUUUAGAUGUUUCAUUCUACUUAUUCUGUAGUUUAUUUAACUAUCUUCAUUAAUAUUCACUGUUAAUGACCGUAAUUAUAAAAUUGUGAUUGUUUAACUAUUCAGAAAUUCAUUUUAUUGAUUAGAUUAUUGUUAAUACGAUCAAAGUAUGAACCUUUAAAUAUUAAUUGUGUAUCCGGUAAUAAAAUAAUCAAUUUAGUCUUAUCAAAACUGUUAUCAUCAUUUUAAUGAAGAGAAUAGAAAAGAAAGUAUCCUG